GGAGAGGGAGGGUCGCCCUGGUUAUUACACCUUAUUUAACCUGAUAUUACCCCACCAGCGCCACUAAUAUUACCCCCCACGUACUAAUAUUACCCCCCACGUACUAAUAUUAUCCCCACGUAGUAAUAUCAGUGGUGAUGAGUGGUACACACGCCAGUCAUGUACACCUGGAGCGUGUACACAUGUGUACCACUUGUGUGUGUGUGUCUUCACAUGUGUACUGAGGAGUGUGGUUGGUGAUGCGUGGUGGAGGGUGGGCCCGAGCAGUACGGGUGGUGGGUGUAGUAGUACUGCUGUGUGUAGCCUGGCUACAACUUGCACUCCCUCCACUACCACACGACCCACAGUCGACCUUCGGAGGUAGUGCCCGAGAAACUCCCGAGCUGGACCCGGCGCUCAGCUUCCAGCGAAGUCCUACUUCAAAAUUCCUAAAGUCCAAGACACAACCCUCUAGUUCCUCCACUGCCCCCAAACUAACCCCAGAGCAAAUAUUGGAGAUACAGGAGCAGAUCCAACUCCGCAGUGGCAACGAAACUGUUUUGAACGAAGAAUUGUUUGGUCCGGUACAACCUGAUACUAUUGUUAUAGCUGUUCAGGUGCACAAUAGGCUGGAGUAUUUACGGCAUUUAAUUGUCUCUCUUGCCCAGGCCCGAGACAUUGAUUCUGUGCUUCUGAUAUUUUCGCAUGAUUAUUUUGAUGAGGACAUCAAUCAGUUGAUCACGACUAUUGACUUUUGUAAGGUUAUGCAGAUUUUCUACCCUCAUUCUCUGCAGACGCACCCAAACAGCUUCCCUGGAGAAUCGCCCGGAGACUGUCCAAGGGACACGAAGCCAGAGGAAGCUGCAGAGAGUAAAUGUGUUGGUACGCCAGACCUGUAUAAGCAUUACCGAGAGGCUCGCUUCACACAAACUAAACAUCACUGGUGGUGGAAAGCCAACAAGAUUUUUGAUGAUGUGUGGAUUCUUAAGAACCACACAGGGUUAGUUCUGUUCUUGGAGGAGGACCACUAUGUUGCUGAGGACUUCUUGCACAUGUUGCGACUUCUGGCGGCCGCCAUCCCUCGCGCCUGCAGCAAGUGUUCGCUCAUUACGUUGGGAAACUAUCUCAAGAAUUACAACUUCCACACUGAUGCUAAAAAGGUUGAGGUAACACAGUGGGUGUCAUCGAAGCACAACAUGGGGUUCGCCUUCAACCAAAGUGUGUGGCAACAAAUCAAAGCUUGCAGUGAGAAGUUUUGCGACCACGACGACUACAACUGGGACUGGUCGCUGCUACAUGUGAGCAACGCCUGUCUCGCGCAGAAGCUCCACACCCUAGUACUCCGUGCACCGCGAGUCUUCCACAUUGGAGAAUGUGGUGUGCACCAUAAAAAAAAGGAUUGCAGUUCCCGUGCUGUUCUCGUCAAGGUACAUCGAGCAUUGCAAGCUGGUCAACGUACACUCUUUCCACGGCAACUUGUGGUCGUGCACACUCCUCCAAAGAAGGUUAAGAAGCAUAAAGGUAAUGGUGGUUGGGGCGACAAACGCGAUCACGCCCUAUGUCGUUCCUUCAGCAUGUCAACGUCUCUGGACAUUAGCAUAAUAAAUACCCUCGUUGUUACGGGUUCACUGGUCAGUAAUAGCUCAAUAAACAGCAGUACACUAGUCAGAAGUGGGUCUUGAUUGUGGUAUUGUAAAUUUUGUAUAUUAACUUAGACAAGGCAGAUUAUUAGUCAAGUUAACCUUGAGCCAAGCUCCAUCAGAAUUGUACAACUCAUAGCUCUUUGUGAACAACUGUUUCUACUCAAAUGUAAGUCACGACAGUAUAUGUGAAAAUUUAAUUAUUCAACCCUGCGAGGAAGAGGUUCAAGGUAGCUUUUUUGUACUGAAUAUAGUCCUCAUUAAGGGGGUCGUCCAUUGGUCACUUGCGAGAAAAUGUGAAAAAUGUAGAAACUGGCAUUAUUUUUUUCGUUUAGGUAUUCACACCUGUAAAAAGAUGUAAUGUAAAUGUGAAUGUUGAAUUAUAAAACAUAGACUCUCCCAAGGGCGCAAGGCAAUAUUUUUUUUUUCAAAACGCUGGCCGUCUCCCUCCAAGGCAGGCUGAUCUGAAAAAGAAGAGACAAAAGUUUUCCCUCUUUUUACAUUUAAUAAUUUAUACAGAAGAGGGGUUACUAACCCCUUAAAGGCAAUAUUCAUAUACGUAUUAAAAAAAUUUGAGCUUAUUGUUGUUCUUCUAAGAUAUGUUGUUUACGUACAUUAUCUCUCGGUCCACAAUAGGAUUUGAACCUGCAAACUCGGCAUCAGAGUACACAGUACUUUAUCCACAAGCUAGACUCCAGAUGUGGAUAAAGUACUGCGUACUCUGAUGCCAAGUUUGCAGGUUCAGAUCCUGCUGAGGACUAAGAAAUAAUGUCUGUAAAUAAUUUUGUCUGUUUGCAUAUUGUUAAGCACAUUGUUACAUAUGUCUGGCAAGUGAAAUAUUACUUACAGGUAGCUGAGAGCUAACAUUUUAUCAAAAGAAUUUUAUAUACAAAAAAAAAAAAAAAAUCUUGACAUGUAUUAUUAACUAAAUUUGGUUGGUGCUAGUACAUGAUCUACCUAAUCUAGAUUAACUUAAAUAUCGUACAUUUCAGUAUUAUUAUUGUUAAAAUAUUGUAUAUAAAAUUUAUUUGAUAUGUAAGUACUGUAUAGUAUUUACGGGAUCUCACAGCCGUAAGAAAUAAGAGUAUGUCAUGGACAUAACAGUGUGACGCAGGAGUAUUAGUUACGAGGGUAAUAUGGUGACAGGAUGGAUCUCAGGGCAUACAUACAGAGCCUUGUUAUGGCAACGAUUGAUUUUGUGAAGUUUUAGCCAAUUUUUGUGAUUGAGUUUUACACAACACAUUGUUGUUAUUAAAAGCUUGCUGUGUGCAUGUCUUUACCUAUUCUGUGAGCAGCAUAAGGACUGGUUGAUUGUUGUUCCCUGUUGUAUGAUUUGUAUAAGGUUGAUUGUUUCCCUGUUGUAUGAGGAUGAUUGUUGUUCCCUAUUGUAUGAGGAUGAUUGUUCUCUGUUGCAUGAUUUGUAUGAGGUUGAUUGUCUUCCCUGUUGAAUGAGGAUGAUUGUUGUUCCCUUUUGUAUGAGGAUGAAAGUUGUUCCCUAUUGUAUGAGGAUGAUUGUUGUUCCCUAUUGUAUAAGGAUGAUGUUGUUUCCUGUUGUACGAGUUGCAUGAUGUUGAUUGUUGUUUCCUGUUGUAUGACUUGUAUGAUACACUUUGUAUUUUGAACGUUGCUACUUACGAACGUUUUAUUUAUUAUAAUGCAUUCACUGUCAGUCUAUCCUCAUUUUACAUGAUACUCAGCAUCAAUAUCUUCACAAAAUCCUAAUGCAACUGCAAACAAAGAUGCGGUUUAAACCUACAGCAAGUGGGUCUUUCUGUGGGUUCAACCCUCCACCCAUUCCGUGGCUCAACCAGCAUCAAUAUUCGGGUUGUGUAUUUGAUGAUUGGACGUGCAAGGAUUAUGAUAAUAGGUCUGAUGCUGUGCUCCUUCCUUAAGUGGAUGUGCUGUGACCUGGCUAGGUGGGUCAUUGGUUUAAGCCGGGAGGUAACUUGGACCUGCCUCGCAUAGGCCAGUAGACCUGCUGCAGUGUUCCUUCUUUCUUAUGUUCUUAUGAUAAUACACAAUUUUUGAAAAAUUACAAAAGCAAGAGUAAAUAUAUAUAAUCAAAACCACUGCUCAAAUCAGAAUAGUUUUUCAUUACUGUUUCGUCGUGAAGAAGGAAGCAGAAUCAAUUGGCAACGUAUCAUUGCUGACCUUAGGGAGGUAGAGUCGUUCUGGUGAAUCAGUUGGUGACUUACCUUUGCCACCCUCUUAGGGAGGUAGAGAGUCGUUCAGGUGAAUCAAUUGGUGACUUACCUUUGCCACCCUCUUAGGGAGGUAGAGAGUCGUUCAGGUGAAUCAGUUGGUGACUUACCUUUGCCACCCUCUUAGGGAGGUAGAGAGUCGUUCAGGUGAAUCAGUUGGUGACUUACCUUUGCCACCCUCUUAGGGAGGUAGAGAGUCGUUCAGGUGAAUCAGUUGGUGACUUAUCUUUGCCACCCUCUUAGGGAGGUAGAGAGUCGUUCAGGUGAAUCAGUUGGUGACUUAUCUUUGCCACCCUCUUAGGGAGGUAGAGAGUCGUUCAGGUGAAUCAAUUGGUGACUUACCUUUGCCACCCUCUUAGGGAGGUAGAGAGUCGUUCAGGUGAAUCAGUUGGUGACUUAUCUUUGCCACCCUCUUAGGGAGGUAGAGAGUCGUUCAGGUGAGGGACCAAGCUACCUUAUUUACCCAUUUCCAAAUAGCACCACUGUACAUAAUAUAAACUUAUAUUAGUCGCACCAGGCACAUUAAGGCAUGUGAAUAAGACAACAUGUGGUUCAUGCCAGUUUAUUGAGAUGUUUUGACCACCAGAGACUUCAUCGACUGGUAGUUCCUGCUGGAUAAAAUGUCUCUGCAGUAAAAUGCCAUAAACUGUGUAUUAUCUUAUUAAAACACUUGUUGCUAUAUCCUAUCAUUGAUACAGUAGAAAAAAUUUGCUUUAUGGAAUAAAAUGGGAGAAAUAACUGUUUUCCUGAUAUAAGGGCAUAAUUUUUCUUUUUUUAAAUUAUUAAUGAGGAGAAUUUUCAUUUUCCUAUACCACUAAUUUUUCAGUCAUUUCUACAUAACAUAAUGUCAGAAGAUUUACGUUUAACGGGAGUGAUAAAUUGUGGAAUUCAUUCUUCCUGUCAGGGAUGCACUUAAUAUUUUAUGCUGGUUGCUAAUAUGCCUCUGGUUAAUUUUUUUUUUUUUUUUUUUUUUUCAACAAGUCGGCCGUCUCCCACCGAGGCAGGGUGAUAUCUUACUAUAAUAUCUUACUAUAAUAUCUUACUAUAUAUUAAAGUAUUAUUUACUACAGUAAUAUUUUGCAUUGAGCUGUGUGAGUUGAGUAUUUCUUUCAUACCUAAAUAUUCGAGGGUUAAGUAAAUACACCCGCAACAAAGCUAAAAUUAAAAAAAGAGAGAAAAAGGCCUAAACUAUUGCUCAGGUUUGAAUGAAAUUUUGUUUUUAAAAUUAACUCUCAGCGCUGUGUGAAACAUAAAACAAAAGUUGGCAAAAUUAGCAGGUAACUGUUGAAAUUUGCAAUACCCAUCGACGAUCCCCUUAAAGAAAUGAUAGAGAAGUGUAAUAAUGUUAGUGGAAUUAUCAAAAAUAUGUUAGGUAAAGGCAGACAUGUGCAGCUAAUAUGGUAUUUUAAUAUGGCAACGUUUCACUUUCCAGAAGCCUUGUAAUGGCUUGACAAAACUCCUGGAGAGUGAAACAUUGCCAUAUUAAAAUGUAUUAGUUGCGAGUGAUAGAGAAGUGGUACUAGAUAUUCUUGACAAUCGACUUGGGUACUGCUGUUUCACCGAACACGCUAUUAUCCUCCACCCCUCGAUGGCUCGUUAUCUUAUGUUGUCAUGUAGACACUUUUACAUAAGCUCGCAUGGGGGUUCACAAAGCUAGUCGAUUAUGAUCAGUAUAAAAUAUCAAUGGCUGCCAAAAUACCUCAGUUUUCUGAAGACCUUGGAAUGAGUUGACACCGCAGCAAUAGAAAGCUCAUCUUGUGAUAUCCGGUUAUCCUUAAGAUAUCCUACUCUGAUCUACUGUAAGGUCCAAGCUUUAUGGUAUUUUUGUGAGGCUUGUAACCUAGAGUUUAUAUACAGAUUAUAAAUAAUUCUUUGCCUGAGAGCACCAAAAAUAAGUUAGUUGAUUUUAUUUUUAUAAUGUGUAUUAAUUCGUGUGUGCAUAUUUUGGAAUUAUUUUGCAUAUAUUGUAUUAUUAUUUGUUGUUUAUGCUUCAGAAAGUGUAUCAGAAAUAUGUAUAUUUAUGGAGAAUAAAAGUCACAGUGCCGUGGCUGGAACCACUCACAACCCACAGUUUCGACUGGGAGCUGUCUUCGGCAUUUUAAAGCGUCUUGUAAGGUUUCUCCGAAAUUGUGGAUGAGUUGUGAUGUGUAUAUUUCUAUUUAUUGUCGGGUGUAUCUCAUGCACAAACUUUUUUAAUGUCUGCUGCUUGAAUUUAUAAACAUGACGAUGCAAUCACAAAUAGCAUUUAAAAUCUUCUCCAAAGAAUACAUGUGUAUGGUAAAAUUUGUAUGUAUCUUAUAGAAUUUGAUAAAUACAUUUAUGAAAGUGCUAAUACAGGAGGUCUUCAAUUUACAAAAGCUCUAAUUUACACUUUUUUUUUUUUCCUGCAUGCCGGUCGUCUCCCACCGAGGCCAAGUGUCCCCCCAAAAAAAGAAAAAAUAGUUUUUCUCUUUUUACAUUUAGUAAAAA